AUGUUCGUACCUACUUCAAUGAUACAUGCAUCUGCACUUGCAUCGCCGAUGAACGAUUUGGAUGACAAUGAACUCGCUAUCGAAGCAUGUAUUGCAUGUAUUGGCAUUAAGUUGAUUGGUAAAGUGAACACAACAGCAAUAAAAACAAUAUUAUUUUAUCUAGAGCACUUGAUCGGGUCUGCACAAAAUGAUAUUAAUCAUGGAAAUUUUACUAGAAAACUUUCAGAUGAAAGUAUUAAUCCAGUUAAACCUGGAUUUGAAUAUGACCUGUCAGAUUUAUGUACGAGUGAGAGAGAAGUUUUGAAAGAAUUUGACCUUCCAUUUGUUAUACUUUCCAGUAAGCAAAUUUUAGAAUUAAAUGAUACAAACAGUUAUGAUGAAAUAGUUGAAAAUAUUGACAAUAUAGCAAUUAGAUAA